AUGGUUUCACUCACUUUCACGUACUUGGCCUUCGCUGCCUCUCUCAUUACCAGCGUUUUCGCUUCACCAGUUGCUAACCUCGACACGCCCGAUUUUGAGCUGGGCCCCGCAAACCUGGCCCGGCGUCAAGAUUACACCCAGAACUACAAGACGGGUGGCAAGGUCAACUUCACCCCCAAUAAAAAAGGAUUCUCCGUAUCGUUCUCAGGCGCUCAAGACUUUGUGGUCGGCAAAGGCUGGAACACUGGUUCUAAGAACAGGACUGUAGAAUUCUCCGGCCAGACAAAGGCCUCGGCUGGCACUGUUCUAGUCUCACUCUACGGAUGGACCACCGACCCGCUGGUGGAGUACUACGUACAGGAAUACAGUAAUAAUGGAAAGGGUGCUGCGCAGGGCCAGAAGGUUGGAUCUCUCAAGAGCGACGGGUCCGAAUACGACAUCUUCAAGCACACGCAGGUCAAUCAGCCCUCAAUUGAGGGAACCGCUACAUUCACCCAAUUUAUCUCCGCCCGUAAAGACACCCGCUCAGAAGGCGGCACUAUCACCUUCGCCAACCACGUCGCUGCCUGGGAUAAGGUCGGCUUGAAGCUCGGUAAGAUGAACUACCAGACCAUCGCCACCGAGGGCUGGGGCAACGCUGGCGGCAAUUCCAAGUACACCAUAAAAAGCAACUAG